AGACAGGACAAAACCGAUUCUUGUGUUGAGUCAAGACGUCUAUAACCCAACUGGAUUUCAGGUCAGUUGCGUCUGAUGCGCAGAUGAGUUUUGACAACAUUUCUCUCCCUUCGCUUCGGCUUUAAACUGGCGGGACGGGGGCGCGCUUAAGGGGGAUGGAGCGCGCAGUCCCGGGAUCAUGUUACAAUCCCAGACUUUUCAAGGGAAGUUUUUUUCUCUCCAGCAGAAAAGUGGGGGAUGGUGAACGAUGGUGGAUUUCUUCAAACUUUCAUGAGUAGAAAAACGCAACGGUAAAUAGUUUCAUAAAAACUAACGUAGCCUGUGCGCGUUUUUGGACAAUGAUGAGCUUUUUAGUAACUCGCGGGCAAGAAAGAAAACAUAAGAAACUUUGGAACAGGCAUUUCUUUUAACGGAAAAAAAUGUCCGAUCAGGAAUCUAGGGAAUCUUCGCACUUAGGCAACUUUGCAUGUAUUUGAAAGCGUUGUGCGCGUAACGCGCGUCUAGAGAAAGUUUAUUUGGAAACGUUUGAUGAAACAUUGUUACAUUGUCGCGUCUCCAAGAUGUCCUCCAAACGCCUGUGCUCCAUUGUUGGAGGCUUUUGGAUGCUUUGGACCUCAAUGGCCGCCCGGGCCGUCAUCUUACACCCAAACGAAACGAUAUUCAACGACUUUUGUAAGAAAACGACAACUUGCGAAGUGCUGAAAUACAAUACGUGCCUCGGUUCUCCUUUGCCAUAUACUCACACUUCUCUGAUCCUGGCUGAAGACUCAGAAACUCAAGAGGAAGCCUUUGAGAAAUUGGCCAUGUGGUCUGGGCUGAGAAAUGCUCCUCGCUGCUGGGCUGUGAUUCAGCCAUUGCUGUGUGCCGUUUACAUGCCGAAGUGUGAAAACGGAAAGGUGGAAUUGCCCAGCCAACACCUGUGCCAGGCUACACGCACUCCUUGCAGCAUCGUUGAGCAGGAACGAGGCUGGCCUAACUUUCUCAAGUGUGAAAACAACGACAAAUUUCCUAAAGGUUGCCAGAAUGAGGUUCAGAAGAUCAAGUUCAAUACGUCAGGACAGUGUGAGGCUCCUUUGGUUAAAACCGAUAUCCAGGCCAGCUGGUACAAGGAUGUGGAGGGUUGUGGGAUUCAGUGUAACAAUCCGCUGUUUACAGAGGAUGAGCAUUCGGACAUGCACAGCUACAUCGCCAUGUUUGGCUCCAUCACUCUUUUGUGCACCUUCUUUACUCUGGCCACGUUUCUUGCCGACUGGAAGAAUUCCAACCGUUACCCUGCUGUCAUCCUCUUUUACGUCAAUGCUUGUUUUUUUAUCGGAAGCAUUGGAUGGCUUGCUCAGUUCAUGGACGGAGCUCGCAAAGAGAUCGUGUGCAAAAGUGACGACACCAUGCGGCUUGGAGAGCCAUCGUCCACCGAGACGCUAUCAUGUGUGAUUAUAUUCGUCAUCGUGUAUUAUUCCCUCAUGUCCGGGGUCAUCUGGUUUGUUAUGCUCACCUACGCCUGGCACACAUCUUUCAAAGCCCUCGGCACCACCCACCAGCCCUUGUCUGGAAGAACGUCCUAUUUCCACCUUGUCACUUGGUCCAUUCCUUUCAUACUGACUGUAGCAAUACUGGCCAUUGCAGAGGUGGAUGGAGAUUCGGUUAGUGGUAUUUGCUUUGUCGGCUAUAAGAACUAUAGAUACCGUGCUGGGUUCGUUCUGGCUCCCAUUGGUGUGGUCCUCGUCAUUGGCGGCUAUUUCCUAAUACGGGGGGUUAUGACGUUGUUCUCUAUUAAGAGUAACCAUCCAGGGCUACUGAGUGAAAAAGCUGCUAGUAAAAUCAAUGAGACCAUGCUGAGACUUGGUAUAUUUGGAUUCUUGGCCUUUGGUUUUGUUUUAAUCACUUUCGGCUGCCAUUUCUAUGACUUUUUCAACCAGGCUGAGUGGGAAAAAAGCUUCAGGGAAUAUGUACUAUGUGAAGCUAACGUCACCAUAGCUCAUCAGACGAACAAGCCCAUCCCAGAGUGUGCCAUCAAGAACAGGCCAAGCUUGUUGGUAGAGAAGAUCAACCUCUUCUCAAUGUUCGGCACAGGCAUCGCCAUGAGCACGUGGGUUUGGACGAAAGCCACCAUCCUUAUCUGGAAACGUACCUGGUGCAGAAUCAUUGGACGUAGUGAUGACGAGCCCAAACGCAUCAAGAAGAGCAAGAUGAUCGCCAAGGCGUUCUCAAAGCGAAAAGAACUGCAGAAGGAUCCCGAAAAAGAGCUGUCCUUCAGCAUGCACACCGUCUCUCAUGAGGGACCUGUGGCUGGUAUCAACUUUGACCUCAAUGAGCCGUCAAUAGAAAUGUCUUCUGCGUGGGCCCAACAUGUGACAAAGAUGGUGGCUAGAAGAGGUGCAAUCUUACCUCAGGACAUCUCAGUGACGCCCACCGGUACACCUGUUCCGCCUCCCGAGGAGAGGAACAAACUGUGGCUGGUCGAAGCAGAAAUUUCUCCUGAAAUGAUUAAAAGAAAGAAGAAAAAGAAAAAGCGCAGAAAGGAGGACCGACCAGUGGGUCCUGCGGAGGACGAAAGGAACCCUACCUACCACAGACGGGAAUUUGGUAACAGUGCUGUACCGCGUCUUCCAAAGUUGCCAGGUCACCGCAGCCUGGUGGCAAACCUGUGGGAGCAACAGCAGCGACGACAGCAGGAAGAACAAGAUGUGCUUCCAGGGGCCUUCCCAGAAUACCGACCUUCCUGUCCUCUUCCCUACCAGCAGAGAUACGGUGGACUAGGAUACCACCCUUCCAACCUAUGCAACAAACCCUCCAGCCUUCCUAUUGCCAAUCCUCUGACACUUAGAAAUAGCAUGCAAGAUGACUCGGAUCGCUUCCAGCAAUCAUCAUGGCAACCGAAGGGGUUUUUCCGCCACACUGGGCCGGAGAUUUCUGUGAUGGAUACUGGCAGGACUGCUGUCGUGCCACGAGGAGAUGGGAGGCGUGCCGUUCCCAUACACUCAAGAACCAAUCUUAUGGAGGCUGAGCUAAUGGAUGCAGAUUCGGAUUUUUAAGUGCUUCGAGAUGUUAGUACUCAUAAAAGUGCUGGAUGCUUGGAUUUACAUGCCAAACAAUAACGUGGAGCCGAACUUUUUGGAAGGAUAUACUAUGAAACGCAUCAUAAUCUAUGAUUUGGAUUUAACAGUGUGCUUUUGUACAAUUUCAUGUGUGCAAAUUCACAGUUUUGUUUGCUAUCUGGGAUUUUAUGGCAGGUGUGCCAUGGGGCUUCAAUGCAAGAAUGCCUCGCAAUUUAUUGAUCUUGGAUUAAAGUGGAAUAAUUUCUGCUCCUAAACAUAUAGUCCCGCCCCAAACUCACGCCAUUGGUUGAGCCAGUGUUGCUGUUUUUUUGCUGUUAAGGACGCUUGGUUUGACGAAAAACAGGUGCUUUCUUAUCAUUCGUUUUGCUCAAUGAAGACGGACUACAGUAGGAGCCAACAGAAAAGAAGCAGUCCACAUGCUUAAAGGCGGGGUGCAUGCUUUUUGAAAAACACUUUCAAACAGGAGUCGGGCCGACUACCAAAACACACUUAUAGCGUCUAUUAACUGACAUCGUUGCCUGGGUUGCGUAUGUGUGGGGCGGGUCUAUCAAAGAAAGUCCAGAUUUGUUUUUUUUAGUUGAUUUCAAAUGUCAACAUUGACUUUCAGAGAUCAUGCACCCCGCCUUUAAGGCCGAAGAAUGGUUAAUUUUUACGUGUGAUGCAAUUUUCAUCAUCAUAAGAGUACACGCGUACUGUACUGGCACGACCGGAUUUUUUUAACCCUGCGUACAUUGCAUUGGUCGCGCAUCAUGCGUGUACAAGAAUGCAUUAUGCAGUCCAGGAGAUGCAUUGCAUUUUGUCUGCGUACACAUACGAGUUAAAUAAAUGAUGCUUUGCAAGGCUGUUUGUUUGACCGCCCGUGUACGUUUGUGACUUUGCUUACACGUAAUAAACAGACUAUACUUCAGGUUGUACUGUAUCUGUUUUAACAGUUGCCACAGCUUUCCAGACUGAAAGUAAGGGAACUGACAAAUUUGGUACUUUGUUAGGGAAAAGAGUUUAUUAAAAGUUAUUAUUGUUAUAUUGCCUGGUGCAAUCACAAACAAGUCCACCUCUUUCAUUCAAAGAGUAAGAGAGAACAAAGGGCAUUGUUUUUGGUCAAAAUAUGAUAUGAGUCGAUUGUAUGGUAGCUAAAAAUGCCAGCGGUUACUUGAGAUUACAUUUACAUUUAUUACUGUACAGCGCUAUUAAAAUACUAUUUUUGUACUUUGUUUUUCCACCAUUUUUUUAAUAUUAUGUCACAUUGUAAAUACUUUUGAAAACAUAUUUUAGUAUCUCACGCCCUUUGAAAGGUUUUGGAAAGGUUACAUAUUUGGAAAUCCUGGAUGCCCUUACAAUAGUUACUAUAGUUAAUACCCCCAAAAAUACACAAUGCAUGUAGUUUACAUAACUUAUAAACCAGCUGUAAUUAUUUAACUUAAUUUGUUAAGUUGAAGUAAAACAAAAACUUAUGAUGAUAUGAUUUUAUUUUUUUACAGUGUAGUUGCUACAAAAUGAUCAUGGUUAGGGCUUUGCAAAAAUAUCGAUACAGCUAUUUAUCGUGAUAUUUUUUCUACGUUAGUGUAUCGGUAUUUCAAUUUCUACUAUUUUUAAAACAAUUAAAUUAAAAUUAAAUUAAAAAAUCAAAAUCCCUCUGUGUGCGUCAAACAAGCUCCUUCGCCGCUGCUGUAGUUGUCGCUGUCCAUGUACAGCCAUUCGGCCAAUGUCUCAGAAGUUAGCGGAAUUGAGAAAAUGGCAGAAAAUCUUAAAAUGCCUUCAGCUUUCAAAGCGACGUGUGGAAGCACUUUGGCUUUAAAAAAUUUUUUUAUUUUUUUAGAAAAAUUCUGUUUUUUUUACAUUUUUGAUAAAAAAAAGAAAAAGAAUUGCAAUGUAUCGCAGCAUGCCACAUAUCGUAUUGUGAUACUGGUAUAAUGUCCCAUGCCAAUACCCAGCCCUAAUCAUGGUUCUGCUAAAAAAACUAGUUAAACCAUAGUUUUGCCAAUGGUAAUCAAUACCCCCGCCCCCAAAAAACACCGUUAAUAAAAAAAAAACAUUUUUUUUGCUCUGUGUGCAGUUGGUUUGAGGUGACGCUCAUUGACACUUUUAUUAUUUUUCUUUUAAAAACUUUGCUUUGAUCUGUGUUAGUAUCAGUGGCAGUAUUAACAAAACUGCAGCUGGGCCGCAUUUUAUCGACAAACUGAAGCUGUCCUUCAAGAAUGUAUUUAAUGAAAAUGUUUGUGCUGUUUGUGAUAAUUCACCCAAUCACUGUUGCUUUUGUUUUCGUAUAAUAAUGAGUUUGUCUUUAUCAAGAGCUACAAGUACCAACACACAUCAUUUUUAUUUUACAUUACAUACUCUUUUGUGUCAGUAUUUUUGUGUGUUUGUGUAGAUCUUCCUCUGUGGGUCUCAUUUCAAUGUAUAUAUUGUAGUAUGGACACACAAUUAAAUAAUACAUUUUUAUGCACCAUGUACCCUUGAAGCUUUGCCACCUAAAAUAAGUUUUAUCGUGAUUUCAAUUUCAUGUCACCAUGAGAAUAUAUUUUCUUUGUGUAUAAAAACACGGUCACAUGUGGCGAUGUUUGUUUUAAAACGGUAUUAAGAUCUAAGGUAUAGAGACGAGUCUUAACGUAUGAUCAAUGACAGCUAUACGUAAGUGUUUUUAAAAAAGUGGUCAUAUUUGUAAGUAGUUUAUACAAAUAAACACAAAAUUAUUUUA